AGGCAAUCCAUGAUUACACAUCGUUGUAUCUAGUGGCUUUCAGUACAGUCGAAUGUGUUUCUUGGGACUAUAUGCUAUUGAUUACUGAAUGAUGCAUGGCUCUCGGUUUAGCCGUGACCACGGCGACUUGAAGACGCCAUUCCUUGCUGGCAAGGAGCGUGAGCUUUUGGAAUCCAAAAAGUGGCCUGCUUGUUUUUCGCAGUCUGUGGAUAUAACGAAGGUACAGAUUGACGCCUUCAAGCCAUGGAUAUCACGUCGUGUAACUGAGCUUAUGGGCGUGGAGGAUGAGAUUGUUGUGGAGUACUGUCUCAGCCAAUUGAAAUUCUUUGGUGAGACGGAUGCCAAGGCCAAUGCAGAGAAUGCAGGUGACGGUGGCAAGGUACUGAAUGAAAAGCCGUACUUGGAUCCCAAGAAGCUACAGAUUAACUUGACUGGUUUCAUGGCAAAGAAUGCACGCGUCUUCGUCAAGGAGCUUUGGGAUCUUUUAUUAGCGGCUCAGGACAGUGAGCACGGCAUGCCUCAGUCAUUUAUUGACGAGAAGAAGCGUGAGCUUGCUGCUAAUCAGCAGCGUAGGCAUGAGCGUGUAUCUAGUCCACCUCCUGUGGAGCCCUCUGGUACAAGGGCUGAUCUAGCACACGACCACAGCGGUGAGCGUGACGCCUCACCCAAGGUGGAACAUCACCCUCGCGAAGCAUCUCGGUCGCGAGCUUGGUACGAAACACGUAAGUACGACAACUCGCGCAGACAGGGUUAUCGUGGUACUCGGCGUGCCGGGAGCUAUCGUGAUCGUGGCUACACCCGUAGACGUCGACGAUCUUAUUCGUCCAGUCGAUCUAGAUCAAGUUCAGCUUCAUAUCGCCGUACUCUUCGUAGGCGUUCCGUUUCACGUACAUUAUCCAGUUCGACUUCACAUCGCAGCGUAUCAUCGAGGUCAUAUUCUGGUGACCGCAGGUCACCACAUCCUCGUCGUUCCUACUCCAGUCAUUCAUCAACGUCAAGCCCACAUUCCUCCAGAUCGGUCUAUUCAAGUCGUUCAUCAUAUAGCUCUAUUGACUCUCGUCGUAAACGCAGCGUAUCAUAUUCGCGUGAUCGUCGCCGUGAUGACGGUAGAAGGGGUCGCAGGCGCCCUAGGUCAUACUCCUCUUCUGAUUACUCUCGCUCCCCUUCACGCAGACGCCGUGACAGGCGCUCUAGAUCGACUGACAGCCGUUAAGGCUGUCUACACAAUUGCACAGCACAACU